AGAUACCAUUAGCACUCCCAGUUUGUUUGGGAUAAGAGGCUCAAUCAGUCACUAGUGGAUAGUAACUGAGCACAAAGUCAGAAGUAAGCCGCCGGAGACAUGCAGUUCUUGUUCCUGUUACCUUUGCUUCUGUGCUCACACCUGAUACCUGGUGUGGGUGCCAGCACUUCAGCAUGUGGCCCUUGUAACGUGGAUGAGUGUAGCUUUAUCACCUGUGCAGCACCUGAGCUGCUCACCAAAGAUGAAUGUGACUGUUGUGAGCGCUGCCUCAGCAUUGAAGGAGAGGAGUGUGGUGGUCCAGAUGAGAGCAGAGCUCGCUGUGCACCUGGUAUGGUCUGUGUAAGCCGGUCCAGUUUUGGAAGUGCAGCUUCUUCUUUUUCUGAUGGCACAGGAUUCUGCUUGUGUGAAGAGGAAGGUGCUGUAUGUGGCUCAGAUGGAAAGACCCAUACCAGUGUGUGUGCUCUUCGUCUGCACAGCUGGAAGACUCAGAGCCAAGGCAAGGGUUCCAUCCACAAGGUACAUGAUGGAGAGUGUAAAUUUGCACCUGUGAUUACCAUGGCGCCAGGAAGGAUCCAUAAUAUUACUGGGGCCCAAGUUUAUUUAACAUGUGAAGUAAAGGCUAUUCCAACACCCAGUAUCUACUGGAGAAAGGUCACCGAGUCACCUAAAGGAGUAAGGUUAUUUGAGGAGCUACCUGGAGACAGAGUGAAUGUUGCUGUACAAGUCCGCGGUGGCCCUUCUCGCCAUCAGAGCACCAGUUGGGUAAUGAUAAAGCCCCUUAUGAAGGAAGAUGAAGGCACAUAUCAAUGUCAUGCAACUAAUAUGGUGGGAGAAGUCUUUUCUGAAGGGUCAAUCAAGGUCUCAGUCCCUAGCACACGCAGAAUGAGGAAGAUCAAUCGUGCUGGUACUGAGAUUAUUGCUUAGUCAGGAUUGGAGAACAUUUACGACUUAAAGCAUUUUUAAUUGUGUAUAAAACAUGUAGAAAAUAGUUUUAUAUCUGAUGAUGUUUUUGUAUGAUAUCCUAUAUAAUAAAAGGCUAACGCUGCUCCUCACCUA